AAAAGUGUUGUUUGCUUGACCAAAAAAAAGGAAAGUGUUGUUUGCAUUUGGAAGAAGUAGGUUUUCAUGAUUAAUUUGGAACAGUAUAGUUGAGUAAUAUAUAUAUAUAUAUGUGUGUGUGUGUGUGUGUGUGUUAGAAAUGGAUGGGAUAGGAAAUCAGGCAAAUUGCUUAUAUCGAUCGAUCAUGACAGUAACAAAUUAAUCUCGUCUACGACAUAUAGCAUUUAUAUGAGCACUAUAAUUGUGUCCUUUUAGCCUUAUUAGAGAGAUAUAUCACUACAAAUCAACGUGCAUGAACAAAAAAAACCUACCAAUUAACCUACACUUGAGCACCACAUGCAUUCUUGCCCUAGCUAUCCAUCUGCUGCUGUCAUUUCAUCUAGACACUCGCUUGAUUCCAUGUGUUCUGCAGGGCCUACUAGCUAGUUACUUGCACAACAUAUAUACCUUGUCGAUCUUCUAUAAAUACAUGUAUAAUGUUUUCGAUCAUCAGCCAAAUUAACAAACAGAGAUAGCAGAACCAUCAGCAUAUACCUAAUUAGGAUGAAAAUGGAGAAAAGAUCACAAAUGCAAAUAGGUGGUGCUCAUGUACUAGUGUUUCCUUAUCCAGUUCAAGGCCACAUUUGCCCGAUGGUUGAGUUCUCCAAACGCCUUGGCUCAAAGGGUGUUAGGGUCACUGUAAUCAUCACAACCGUCUCUGCAGCCACCAAGUCCAUGAAGCAACUACUGGCAGCUCAACCCAAAAACACCUCUUUCAGGAUCGAGCUCAUUUCUGACGGCUCCGAACACCUCCAAAAGUCGGAAACUGCUGAAGAAUACCUCGACCGUUUCAGAAGUGUCACUAUGCAAAAUCUAUCCAACCUCAUCACCAACAUUAAGAACAAGAGUGCUACUCAUGCCUUCGUCAACAAUGAUAGUAGUGAUGAAGAUGACGACGACUACCCCCUCAAGUGCAUCGUUUACCACUCGGGCAUGCCCUGGGUGUUAGACGUAGCGCGACAACAUGGCAUGGAUGGAGCUCCAUUUUUUACUUGUUCGUCUGUGGUCACUGCCAUCUUUCAGCACUUCUAUGAGGGAGUGUUCAAGAUUCCUUCAAAAGAUGCUGCAGCUAGAGCAUCUAGUACCACAAUGCUAAUGCCUUCCAUGUCCGCACCCCUAGGGUUGAAUGAUCUACCAUCGUUUCUUUCUGAUGUUGAUGCCUACCCAACUUAUCUUAAACUUACCAUGAACCAGUUCUCCAAUAUUGGAGAAGUUAAAUGGAUCUUCUAUAGCACUUUUGAGAAGUUGGAGGACAAGGUAGUUAAAUGGAUGGAAAGUCAGGACUGGCCCGUGAAAACAAUAGGACCAACAAUUCCCUCAACGUUUUUGGACUAGCGUUUGGAAGAUGAGAAAGAGUAUAGUCUUAGCCUGUUCAAGCCUGAUGUGGAGACUAGCAUGAAGUGGCUAGACUCCAAGGAAGCUGGCUCGGUGGUCUAUGUAUCAUUUGGAAGCUUGGCCAACCUAAAAAAGGAGAAAAUGGAGGAACUAGCAUGGGGUCUAAAUAAUAGUAACUACCACUUCUUGUGGGUAAUCAAAGAGUCAGAAAAGGAAAAGCUUCCUAUCAAUUUUUUCGAGGAGAUAUCAGAGAAGGGCCUUGUUGUGAGUUGGUGCUCCCAACUGCAAGUCCUGGCUCACAAGGCCGUGGGAUGCUUUGUUACUCACUGUGGUUGGAAUUCGAUACUCGAGGCGUUGAGCUUGGGAGUACCAAUGGUGGCAGUGCCGCAAUGGGCAGAUCAGACAACGAAUGCUAAGUUUGUGGUGGAUGUGUGGAAAGUAGGAGUGAGAGUGAAGUUGAAUGAGAAAGGCCUGAUUACAAAAUAAGAAUUGGUAAUGCGUGUUAGGCAGGUCAUGGACAAAGAGAUGGGAAUGGAGAUUAUAAAGGCUUCGCAAAUUUGGAAGGAGUUGGCUAGAGAGGCUGUGGAUCAAGGAGGAAGUUCGGAUAACAACAUUGUGGACUUUGUGGCACAACUUCUAUGAUCGACCACGAAUCGUAUUUUAGCAAUUAAUAAAGUACGUGCUUUCAUGGUUGCUGGGGAUAAUCAUAUAUAUUACCAAAUAAGCUCCAUAAUCAUGAUAAUGU